AUGGACUGGGAUGAAUUCCAGCGACGGGCCAGACAUGUGGUUCCUAAACAAGAACUCAAAGCACGCCGGUGCUGGAUUGGCGUACUCGAUCACCGCAAGUCCACUGAUGAUAACUUCGAGGAAGCCGAUUUCAUAUGGAUGAUCGGUCACAGCAAAAUCUCCAUGCAAAAGAUACAGGAAACUUACGAACAGCGGCAUGAGCUUACAGACAUUCGCAUUAGCUUCAAGGGUCGUAUGGUCGAUCAGAGCGACGUCGUCAAGUCAUUCUUGCUGCCGGGUGACGAUCUGGUAGUCUUUGUUGCUUUAGGCCCAUUGAAAGCAAUGGUGCAGCAUCAGACACGCGAAUUACCAACAUUCGAGGAACAGUUGAUGCAAGCCGGUGUUGCGAGGCAGGAGGCUGCGUCUAGUGGUUACGUCACGCAAACAACACACAAUCAUGCCGGUCUUAGAACAAUGGGAAGAGAUCCACUACCUGAAAGCCUCACGGCUCCCUUCAUCUCGUCCCAAAGCGCAUCAGGCCGUUCAGCAACCCCGUCCAUAUCAAAUAAUGUUCCACCAGUGACACCAAGGUAUGCCAGUACACUGAGUAGCAUCUCGCCUGCACAAGAGGCGGUCAGACACCCGUCAUGGUACCAAUCACGACCUCCUGCUCUGCAACCUCUUCAAGACGAGUUCCAUCAACCAUCGCAGCGAUCUACGAAUGGAACAAGCACACCGCGUCUUUCAGCGAACGCAUUCCGCGAGACAAGCUCCCUGCAGACCAUUGUUCCAGACAUAGACAGCGAAACACCAACUACUGAGAUUGAACGUUUGAGGGGGCGUUUGAGCGCAAUGAGCGAUAAUACGCAGAGAGACACAGAAGCCUCUCACGUCAAGGAAGAGAGACAGUCUCCUACCCCUUUCCAAGAUACAUCUGUUUUCCAGAGUGGUGAUGUUGAGCCGGAAAGUAGCUUUGACCCCAACAAGAUAUUCAACAGGGAGGUCUCCCCAGAAUUGAGUAUUCGAAAAGAGCUAGGUUCUAUUGACCGAUGCAUUCGCUCAGUCAUCGAGCUGCAAGAUCCUAACAUUCUUGAGGCUGCUGUUUCCAUGUCCCUCAAAAUCAUGGGGUGUUUGAACGAGAAAUUCUUGCAAUACUCAGCGUUUAACGCGGAUGCUGCGUCAUGGGUACAAGCGAUUGAGAAGCUCCUUCCUCGGUCCGAGCGAAAGCGCACCGUGGUUGGCGUGGUGGGUAAUACAGGAGCUGGAAAAAGCAGUGUCAUCAACGCUAUGCUUGACGAAGAGCGUCUUGUCCCGACUAACUGCAUGCGCGCUUGCACUGCGGUGGUCACUGAAAUCUCUUGGAACAGCAGCACCGACCCGUCUUCCAAGUAUCGUGCCGAGAUUGAGUUUAUCAGCCAAGUGGACUGGGAGAUGGAGCUUACCGCCCUCUUGCGCGAGUUUCUUUCCGAGAAUGGUACACUUUCGCGUGAAGCGCAAGAUCCCAAUUCCGAUGCUGGCAUAGCAUGGGCGAAGUUUCAUUCUGUCUAUCCUUCGAUCUCCAAAGACGCUUUAGGCGAGUGCGAUGUUCCUUCGCUCAUGUCCAUAAGAUCUGUCGCCGAAGUGCUCGGGACCACGAAGAGGAUUAGCGCAGCUCGACCGCAAUACUUCUACCAAGAGCUCCAACGUUAUGUUGAUAGUAAAGAAAAGGCCUCCAAGAAAGACGAGAACAAGAAAAAGGCAUCCAAGCCAGCUUUUCAGGUGGAGUACUGGCCAUUAAUCAAGGUUGUGAAGAUCUACACGAAGAGUCAUGCCCUAUCAACAGGCGCCGUCAUUGUGGAUUUGCCAGGUGUCCAUGACAGCAACGCCGCCAGAGCUGCUGUUGCUCAGGGAUACAUGAAGCAAUGUACUGGCCUGUGGAUCGUUGCUCCCAUCAAUCGGGCCGUGGACGAUAAGGCUGCAAAGACCCUUCUCGGUGACUCUUUCAAACGGCAGCUCAAAUAUGAUGGUGGCUUUUCAAGCGUCACGUUCAUCUGUUCGAAAACUGACGACAUCUCCAUCACUGAGGCGAUUGACAGUCUUGGGCUUGAAGAGAAGGUCGCAGAGUUUGAGGAACACCAGGAACAAUGCAAUGAGCAGAUUAAGCAAAUUCGGCGCAAGAUUGAAGACCUGAACGAAUCGCGGGAGGUCUACAAAAUUGCAAUGUCAAGCGUAAGUGAGGACAUAGAAAUCUGGGAAACACUCCAGGAGCAAUUGGAUGAGGGGAAGCCAGCGUUUGCACCGCUACCGAAGACCCACAAACGCAAGAAGGCAGGCUCGAGCAUGCAGCCACGUAAGAAGAAACAGGAUUUCGAUGACGAUACGGACGACAAUUUUCAAGACUCUGAUGAUGACGAGUCUGAGAGUGACACUGAAGUGACAUUCCAGGCCAAAAGGACACGUUUAUCCGAGGCGGAUAUCAAGGGAAAGCUCAAAGAGCUAAGAGAAACGAAGAAGAACGCUAGACGUGAAGGAAUCCAGAUCAAGCACUCUAUCGACGAGUUGAAACCCCAGGUUCGCGAACUAGAAGCAAAAAAGGACAAUAUCAAAACGAACAUCAACCGCAUCUGUAUUGCAGGCAGAAACCAUUACUCCAAGUCUGCUAUUCAGCAAGACUUCGCUGCGGGUAUCAAGGAGAUCGACCAAGAAAAUGCCGCCGAGGAAGACGAGGAUAAUUUCAACCCUGACGAAGAAAUGCGCGACUACGACCAGGUUGCUAGGUCGCUACCAGUCUUCUGUGUCAGUAGCCGAGCGUACCAGAAGAUGUGCGGCCGCAUGCAGAAAGAUGAUGGAGUGCCCGGUUUUGUCACUCCAGAGGACACGGAAAUCCCGCAGCUUCAAGAUCAUUGCAGGAAGCUUACUGAAGGCGGACGUAUACAGACCAGCCGCGCAUUCUUGACAAGCAUAUGCCAGAUAUUGAAUACUUUCAGUCUCUGGACGUCGAAUGACGGAACAGGUGUGAAGAUGACGAGUGAGGACAAGCAAAAACAGAUCAGCUACUUACAGCGGCGACUAAGUGAGUUGACUGCCGGGUCGGAGUCGGCAAUCCGUGCCUGUAUCAGAGAGAUGCGAUCGGAGAUGAAGUCUCAAAUUUUUGACAGGUGUCCAGAGCUCGUCAAUGAAGCCAUACAAACUGCGCCAACAACAGCACAUGCUUGGGGUCACAAGGAUCAAGGGGGUCUCGCGUGGUCAUCAUACAAAGCUGUUGUUCGACGCGACGGUGUCUACCACUCUGCAGUGGCCGGUCAUCGUGACUUCAACGCUGAUCUUCUGGACCCUAUCAAGAAAAAAUUGGCAACAGGUUGGGAGCGAGCCUUCCAGACACGUCUCCCGAAGGCCGUCGACACGUAUAUUGACAACUCAAGCACACUUCUUCAUGGGUUUCAUGAAGCCAUCGAAGAGCGUGCGAAAACCAACAGUGUCACUCUGGCGAGUCUCUCGAUCUUGAAAACACAAAUCUGCAAUUAUACACAGCUCUUUAAAGAUCUUGGGGCUACCCUUUUCACUCAGAUGAACGAGCUCCAGCGCAACGCAAACCGCGAUUUUACACCCUGUAUCGCGAAGAUCAUGCACACCGCCUAUGACGUGUGCACUGAGGAGAGUGGCCCAGGAUCGUACAAGCGUAUGAAAGAGCACAUGAUAAAUCAUGUUGAGCAGGAGCGACACAGGAUGUUUCACGAAGCAAUCAAAACCGUCGUUAAGCAUCUCGACGACCUAUGUAAAGUACUGCAAGAGUCCAUGGAGGCCAAAGCCGACGAGAUCUUUGUUCUUAUGAACAGGGAUUACACGCGGGUGUUUGGUGGUUUGGCUGGUAACCAGCCCGUCUGUUUGCAGUCGAAGGAAGAGAGCGAGCUCAGAUCAGAGGUCAGAGGGAUCUUGGAGGGCGUUGAUGCGCAGUUUGAGCCGAUUGUCAAUGGAGAAAUCACACCAGAGGAGGCUGCGAAGAUGAACGGUGCAGACAGUCAAACAAAAGAGUGCAUCGAUAUCGAUGUGGAAGAUAAUCAUGACAUCUUUGACUCUACGCACGAGUCCAUCGAGGAUGACGUCGAUGGGACAGAUCCGACGCACACCGAGCCAUCUGUUCAGAAGAAGGGCAACACGGGCAUGAAACAUGCUGAUUUACAUGUCAUAAUUGAGGACGACAUGGGGGAGGAGAUAUAG